AUGGCGACAACAAUUGUAGGGCAGUGUUGUAGACUGUUGAAUUUAAUCUCGGGAUUCAAGCAUUUAAAGUUACCACUAACACAUCAGCCUGGAAUUACCAGACUAAGCAGGCCACUAUGGACUGGUGCAAUAUUUGAUGCAGGGAACAAGGAAACCGUUCAGGUUUUAAAAAAUUUUUCUGAGAAACCAAAGAUGCCAGCAAACGUUUUUGUGACUUUUUUGCAGAAGGUUACAGCGGACAUCAUGAAAGACAACCCAGGUAUGAGGCGGCCAGAAAUUGUCAGACAGGCAUCAUUAAUGUGGCAAGACCUUAAUCCAGAAGAAAAAUCACGGUUGACCUUAGAACGCAAAGAACUGUUUGAAAAAUACAAGGAGGAUAUGAAGGCAUAUUUAGAUAAUAUGACACCGGAACAGAUCCAAGCGGAGGAGUUGAGGAAAGAGAAAAGAGCAGCUAGAAGACUGAAAUCUCUCAGAAAGCAGUUGGGCAUGCCUAAAAAGCCAGUGGGUUCCUUCGGUUAUUUUGUUUCUGAAAAAUUUCCCGAAUAUUCCGGACAGAAUGUAGCAUCAGCUUUCAAACUUUUUCUCAGUGAGUGGGCGGAAAUGAGCGAUGCUGAAAAAGAGAAAUACAGGCAGAAGGCAAGAGAAGAUGGACAAAAGUACAAAGAAGAUAUUGUCAAAUGGGAAAAGGAGAUGGUAGCAUUAGGGAGAUUUGAUGUAGUUCGGAAAAAAUUUUUACAUGAACUAAACAAGAACAAGAAAAGCAAGCCAUCAAAGAAAAAGUCAGUAGGAUUUUCAGCACAUGAUAGUGAUAGUGAUCUUUAA